AUGGAAGGUCAUGUCAUUAGCAAGGAUGGCAUUGCGUUUGAUCCAGCCAAAGUGGAGGCAGUACUUGAUUGGGAGUCGUCGAAGACCAUUACAAAGAUUCGUAGCUUCUUGGGUCUGGUCGGCUAUUACAGCAAGUUUAUCCAAGAUUUUUCAAAGAUUUUCACCCCGCUGACACGCCUUAUGAAGAAGGGUGUUCAGUUCAUUUGGGGCCUGGAGUGCCAGAAGGCCUUUGAGAUUUUGAAGACCAAGUUGACUAUAGUGCCGGUGUUGAUUAUUCCGAGCAGUGAUAAGAUUUUUGUUGUUUAUACGGAUACAUCUUUAUCGGGUCUAGGAGGUGUUUUGUUGCAGACCCAGAGAGUAGUAGCUCACAUCUCAUGA